AUGGACGACCAGUGGGAUGUGGUUGUCUCAACACUUCAAGAGCUCUAUAAGAAGCACGAGGCCCAAAGUUUUGAUGACAUGGUGAAUGAGAAAAGGCUCAAUUUUCAGAAUCUAGCGCUAGAACAACUGCGAUCACAAAUGGACGCGUUUUCAGCGCAUUCGCAAAAUGUAGAGAGCGCUUUGGGCCUUAUUCGCGUCAUAUCUUCGAAUCUGGGGGGCAUCUUGAAACAUUGGGAAGAGCAGUCUGAGAAGAUGGAUGAGAGGGACAUCGUUUACGCAGAGUCAUUUGAGGGUCGAUCUUUUUGGACUAGUCCAUUCAACCCGAGUGAACCCAUCGUUCUCGAAUCCGAAGUGGCGUACAAACCGAAAAGGGGUGGAGAUGGCGAAUGGUUUCAAUGUCAGGUCACUAAGAUCUCAAACGAUGGCACCAAAUUUGAAGUCCGUGAUCCAGAACCUGAUGAGUUGGGUAAUCCAGGACAAAUAUACAAAUGCAGUUGGAAAGAUGUUAUCCUGAUUCCUGCUGUAAGUACUCCGAAAUACCAAACUCCCAAUUACCCAAGCGGAACUAAGGUGCUAGCUCGUUAUCCAGAGACAACUACUUUUUACCCAGCAGUAGUCAUUGGGCACAAGCGAGAUGGAACGUGCAAAUUGAGAUUUGACGGAGAAGAAGAGGUUGAUAAAGAAACCGAAGUAAUGAGAAGACUUGUGCUACCCUUCCCCGCACGCAGGUAA